CACUUCUCGCUCUGGCGGCUGCUGCUCCUCCGCUCCUCGCUCUCCGACCGCUUCGCUCCUCACCUCCCGCGUUCCUGUCCCCCGAGCCGGGCGGCGCCGAGAGCCGCGAUGAAGGUGCUGGGACACAAGAUCGAGCUGCUGACAGGGCUCCUGCUCCACGACGUGACCAUGGCCGGGCUGCAGGAGCUGCGAUUCCCGGAGGAGAAGCCGCUGCUGAGGGGCCAGGACGCCGCCGAGCUGGAGAAUGCCGACCCCUUCCUCUUGGCCGCGGACACAGACUGGAAGGAACAUGACAUUGAGACUCCGUAUGGCCUCCUGCACGUGGUGAUCCGGGGCUCCCCCAAGGGGAACCGCCCGGCUAUCCUCACCUACCAUGACGUGGGCCUCAACCACAAGCUGUGCUUCAACACCUUCUUCAACUUCGAGGACAUGCAGGAGAUCACCAAGCACUUCGUGGUGUGCCACGUGGAUGCCCCCGGCCAGCAGGUGGGGGCGUCCCAGUUUCCUCAGGGGUACCAGUACCCCUCCAUGGAGCAGCUGGCCGCCAUGCUCCCCAGCGUGGUGCAGCACUUCGGGUUCAAGUAUGUGAUCGGCAUCGGGGUGGGAGCCGGAGCCUAUGUGCUGGCCAAGUUUGCGCUUAUCUUCCCCGACCUGGUGGAGGGACUGGUGCUGAUGAACAUUGACCCCAACGGCAAAGGCUGGAUUGACUGGGCUGCCACCAAGCUCUCCGGCCUGACCAGCACUCUGCCGGACACGGUGCUCUCUCACCUCUUCAGCCAGGAGGAGCUGAUGAACAACUCGGAGCUGGUGCAGAGCUACCGGCAGCAGAUCGGGAACGUGGUGAACCAGGCCAACCUGCAGCUGUUCUGGAACAUGUACAACAGCCGCAGAGACCUGGACAUCAACCGGCCUGGGACGGUGCCUAAUGCCAAGACACUGCGCUGCCCCGUGAUGCUGGUGGUUGGGGACAACGCGCCUGCGGAGGAUGGGGUGGUUGAGUGCAACUCCAAACUGGACCCAACCACCACAACCUUCCUGAAGAUGGCAGAUUCCGGGGGGCUCCCCCAGGUCACACAGCCAGGGAAGCUGACUGAAGCCUUCAAGUACUUCCUGCAAGGCAUGGGCUACAUUGCGUACUUGAAGGACCGAAGGCUGAGUGGAGGAGCAGUGCCCUCGGCCAGCAUGACCCGCCUGGCCCGCUCUCGGACUGCGUCCCUCACCAGCGCCAGCUCGGUGGAUGGCAGCCGCCCGCAGGCCUGCACCCACUCGGAGAGCAGCGAGGGGCUGGGCCAGGUCAACCACACUAUGGAGGUGUCCUGUUGAAGCCCUCGGUCCCCCGAAGACGCCCACGUGCCCCCCGCCCUCACUGAAGUCCCACUGCCAUCCCCGCACUGGCUCCUUUUCUCUUUUAUUUAUUCCCGUGAGGGCGAAGGGGAGGAAGUGGGGCUCCGUCUCUUAGAUGCUACCGCAGAGCAGUCUCCAGAUGGUUCCCCACCCCUGCCCCCCUAAUGUCGACUUGGCCGGCUUGGACCCCUCUCUUCCAACUCCCCACCGCCCGGGCAGGAGGGGGAUCCACAGGCAAGGAAAGACUGAGCCCUUCUCUGGCCAGGAUCCAGGAUAAUAUCCUGGACUGUGAAAGAGCGAGCGUGGGAUGACCCCCUUGGCAGGCAGGUGUGAGGGUGGGAUGGG